GAGAAAAUGAUUCUGAGGCAGUUUAUAUGUUUCUGUAUUGUCUUGAUGGUUGUCACUGAAGGAUCAUCAGUGAAAGUUCAUCCAGGAGGAAACACAACACUCCCCUGUAGCAUUGAAGAUGACAGAGAGAUUACCUGGAUCAUUACAAAUGGAAACCAAACAUUUGUCAGAAUUCUGAAACUAGAAUAUGGUUAUGGUCCAGAAUCUAAACCAGAACCCUUCAAUAUUCACCCCAGUUAUGCAGGUCGGAUAAAAGCUGUCAGUUCAUCCACAAACACUCACUCUCUGCUUCUGAUGAACAUCACUGACACUGAUCUCAUGCUCUACUGCUGCACUGACUAUAAGAAUGAACAAACUCACUGCACAAAACUGGACUAUGAAGUGAGCAUUGAAGAUGUGGAUCAGGAGGUUACAGAUACUAUCAAUCAUGAUCCAGUGAUCAUCUGUAUCAUUCCGUGGCUGCCUGUCGUCUGUGUGCUUCUGUUACUGUUACUGGUGUCAAGUGUCUAUGUGUGUUGCAGAGGUACAGGACUGUGGAAAGGUUGUGCAAGAACUAAUAACCUGCACCAGGACUGGAUUCACAAUAGUGUUAAGGGUAAUAUAAAGUUCAUUCAUUUUUGGAUAUCAGAAGAUGAUUGGACACUGGAUGAAGUUAUUUAUACACCACUAAAUAAUAUUUUUUAAAUAAUCAUUUUAAAAUUCCUUUACAUACCUAACAUCAUCUUUUGUGCUCAUACACAUUAUAUUGCUUGUAUAUUAAAUUGUAUCACACUGAAUGCUAAAAUAAAAAAACAAAGCUAUGAAUGAACCUUUCUUCAACUAUGUGUAAAAUACUCUUUAACUUAAGCACAUGUAUUGCUCAGUAUCACCUGUAGUGUUGUCUUGUAGCUCUGAUAUUAUUUUGUUUUGAUUACAAGACAUCAUAAAGCACCUCUUGGAUACUGUUGUUAGUGUAAAAAAAAAGUUACACUCUAAUUAGCGUGCUGCUAAUAAAGUUAAUUCAAACAAAAUAAAAUGAAGAAAUAAAAGUAUGGAUGCAUUUUCUUUAGUGUACAUAUACUAAACUUUAUAUUAGACAAAUAUUCUGUUCAGUGGGAGUUAACCACAUCCUGUUUUUCAUUGCUAUCAGUCACAAUGGUCAUUUUUAACUGAAGUGAUUUAUUCCAUACAGACUGUUUUAAAGCAGCACAGUGAUAAACAAGAACGCUGUGAUACAAUGA